UGAGAGUCGGCCCAAAAAGCGGCGGCCGUUGGAGGUGGCUGCGGCAGCUGCUGCCCUACCCGUUCCUUCCUGUGCGUGACUCAGCCUCAUCUCUACCCGGGUGCGUGCCUGGACGCCGGGUCCUCUCGAGAGUGUGCACCCGCGACUGGAGAUGGGGGGAGCCCUAGGGUUCUUCUGUCACCCACUGUUCGAAUUACAGGCUUUGAGGCAGGAAAGGAUUCUGCACAAGCAUUCGACUACGAGUUGUUUGGUGACUUCGUUCCGUGUUCAAGUUUGUGCUAUUCUGCCUGAGGUUUUUAUUUGUUAUUAUUAUUUUUUUUUGUAUUUUAGUUGCCUGAGUUUUUAAAGCAGUAAUUCUUUAUUAGGGAAGUAGAUUUAGGCAUGCUGUUCCCACUUGUUUCUUUAUUUUGGUCUUAGGGACAGUUGUCUCCCAAACCUCAAUCAUGGCAUUUUAAUCCACUUUUUUUUUUUUUUUCCAUUUUUUUCCCUUCUUUUCACAAGUAUUAAUAAAUCACUUCUUAAUGCUUAAAAGAACUUGGUCUUGUUUAAAUGUAUGUGCCUUUGGACACUUUGAGAAGCUUCGUUUGUAUGGUAGUUUUGGAAGUAGGUGUCACCAUUGCUCCUACAGGUGUGGCAGAUAAGCCCCAGGACUGUUUUCCUGUCUUUAAAUUCAUUGGCAUAGGCACAGCGUGAAAACAGGUUUUAGAAAGCCCUUUGCAAAGUGAAAACUGAAUGAAUGGGAAUAUGGUGAGAGAGCGGCACCACAUAGAAUUUUAACAUGAUAUUGAAAUACUUUCGGCAUAGAGGCAAGGGAAAAGUGCUAAAAGUUUAAUGUGUAUUUAAUUAGCUGCUAUACAAAUUAAACAUUUCCCCUUAAGAGGGAAUUUUGAAGAUUGUUCCUACUACUCUCUUUUGUUGAAAUGUUUGCCUCUGAAGUGACUCCUGAAGUGUGAUGUUUGGUUUGAGGAUAAACAGAAAAAUAAGAAAUUUUGGAAAGCAGUUCAGCCAGAAAUCUUAGAAACUUCACCCUAUCCCUGUCAUUUCAGCUGCUGUUGUAUCCUAUUUUUGUGUGAUUGUGUGGCACUGAAGCACAUAACUAGGACAGACAUUCGGACAUUUAUUUUCUGAAGAGUAGGAGAGGGGCUUAAAAAUUGUUAAUUAUUCAAAAACAUAUGACCUACUGUAUAAGGUUCUAUACCUGGUAGCUUCCAGGUGGUAGUUGGUACCAGAAUGGGUGCAAACUUAGUCUCUUCUCCAUUCUGACUUCAAACCUGGGCCACUACAAUUUCUUGGAUCAUGAAAACUGCAUUCUUCCUUAAAGGGUAUCACUAAGUUGUCUUUCUGUUUCUUUCUGCCAUGGUCAUUGUCAGCAGUGACCCCAGGCCAAAGAACAGUUUUUCAUUCAUUCUCAAUACCUCGAUGAGACCGUGUCCUGCUCUGUGUUUCUGCAACUCUAGUGUGAUUUCGAAGUUGUAUGUUUUUCUACUCCUGUCUAGUGAGACAGUCUCUAAUCUUUCUGGAUCUCAUCAUUAGGUAAUUCAGUGACAAGUUUAAUUGGGGAAAAGUGAGAAGGAUCUAGUACCCCGAAUUUGUUUUGGGUCCUGUCCCAGUUGUCAUCUGGUGAGUAGGUUUUUGUGCUUAAGAAUAUGUUGACUUCAGGCGUUUAACAAGGGACAAAACAUCUAUUUUUAGUGGCUUUAGGAAGUGGUAGGAACAGAAUCUAAGUGUAGCCAGAUGAAAGGUGACUUAUUUCAUUUAGACAGGCAGUACUGUGGACUACCAUGAUCUGUUUCAUCAAAUUAUUCCGAAACAACAGAUCCUUUUCAGGCUUUCUUUUUCUUUUUCUUUUUCUUUUCUUUCUCCCCCCCACCCCCCGCCAAACUUCCUGUUGGCAGAUGUGGCCUCAUGGAUGAGCUGGUACACGACUUAGCCUCAGCCUUGGAGCAGACAUCUGAGCAGAAUAAGCUUGGUGAGCUGUGGGAGGAGAUGGCCCUGAGCCCCCGGCAGCAGAGGAGGCAGCUUCGGAAACGCCGAGGUCGGAAGCGUCGUUCUGACUUCACUCACCUGGCAGAGCAUACCUGCUGCUACAGCGAGGCCUCUGAGUCAAGUCUGGAUGAGGCCACUAAGGACUGUCGAGAAGUGGCUCCCGUGACCAAUUUUAGUGACUCUGAUGACACAAUGGUGGCCAAACGACACCCAGCUCUCAAUGCCAUUGUUAAGAGUAAGCAGCAUUCUUGGCAUGAAUCUGACUCCUUUACUGAAAAUGCACCUUGUCGACCACUCAGGCGCAGGCGGAAGGUGAAGCGAGUGACAUCAGAGGUGGCUGCUAGCCUGCAGCAGAAACUGAAGGUGUCAGAUUGGAGCUAUGAGAGAGGCUGCAGGUUCAAAUCUGCUAAGAAGCAGCGUCUGUCCCGCUGGAAGGAGAAUACUCCCUGGACCUCAUCAGGCCACGGAUUGUGUGAAUCAGCAGAAAACAGGACUUUCCUAAGCAAAGCAGGAAGGAAAGAAAGGAUGGAGUGUGAAACAGAUGAACAAAAACAGGGCUCUGAUGAGAACAUGUCAGAAUGUGAAACCAGCAGUGUGUGUAGCAGCAGUGACACUGGGCUCUUUACCAAUGAUGAAGGGCGACAAGGUGACGAUGAGCAGAGUGAUUGGUUCUAUGAAGGAGAAUGUGUCCCAGGAUUCACUGUUGCUAAUCUUCUGCCCAAGUGGGCUCCUGAUCAUUGUUCUGAAGUAGAAAGAAUGGAUUCUGGAUUGGAUAAAUUUUCAGAUUCCACAUUCCUUUUACCUUCUCGGCCAGCUCAAAGAGGGUAUCAUGCUCGCUUGAAUCGUCUGCCUGGAGCUGCAGCUCGGUGCCUCAGAAAGGGGCGAAGAAGGCUGGUUGGGAAGGAGACCAGCAUAAACACUUUGGGGACUGAGAGGAUAAGCCAUAUCAUUAGUGACCCUCGGCAGAAAGAAAAGAAUAAAGCGUUGGCUUCUGAUUUUCCUCACAUUUCUGCUUGUGCACAUGAGUUCAAUCCCCUGUCUCCCCUUUACUCACUGGACGUUCUUGCCGAUGCUUCUCACCGAAGGUGUUCACCAGCACACUGCUCUGCCAGACAGGCAAAUGUACAUUGGGGACCACCAUGUUCACGUGACAUCAAGAGGAAGCGGAAACCAGUGGCCACAGCAUCUUUGUCUAGCCCCAGUGCAGUUCACAUGGAUGCAGUGGAGCCAACCACACCAGCAUCACAAGCCCCCAAAUCACCCAGCUCUGAGUGGUUGGUCAGGACCUCUGCAGCAGAGAAAGCCACAGAUGCAACUACUGCUACAUUUUUUAAAAUGCCACAAGAAAAGAGCCCUGGAUACAGCUAGAGAGCAAGACUUCACCCUCCAGGAGCUGACUGGGUGUUGCUGAAGCAAAUGUUGGACUUUGUGUUAGAUAGUCUUGCAUAUCUUAAUCGACAUUCUCAGUCCUUUCACCACCAGAACCAACUCCUCUUUCAGACACAGCAGUGGACUCUUUCUCUCAGAAGAUCAUGUUGUGGGAGUCUUUUUUUUUUUUUUAAUAGUAAAAUACUGAGGCAGCAAUUUUUUACAAAAAGGUCAUCCUCUGCUCUAUUUGUUACCUUGUUAUUGCUGUCUCAACAUUUACUACAGCUCCAUUUACAGAGCUGUUGCUUUUUUGCAGUUGUCUUUGUUCUUGAAAAACCAGUAACUGCUUCUGCAUACGUUUUGUGUAGAGCUUUUAAUAUCAUUUGAGGAAGUUCCAAAUUUGUAGUCAGUUCCAAACAAAUUUAAAUACUGAGUUGAGGCCUGUAUGGAAUUGUUUGCAGGAGAUAAGGCUUGCCUUUGAGCCUACUCUUGAUUCACGCAGAGUGCCAAUAAGAUAAAUCAACGAGGUUCUCAUUUUGGAGCCUCAAAAGAGACACCAGCAACUGGGCCUUGAGAACUUCCAUUUUUUUGCAGAUUGUCUGCAGAAACUCAGACAGCUCAUCAGCAGCAGCAGCUGUAUUGUAUUUUACCUCAUCUUCAGAGUUUAUGUUCUACUGAAAGAGGACGUGUGUAUACAUGCACACGCACACACACAGCUUGGUGUAAUGGUGAAGAUGGUUUAGGUGUACAGCAAAUUUAAAAUAGUCAGUGAAUUGUGUCUUACUACUUCAUGUCCCAGUGUAAGCCUUUAUGUCCUAAGCAGAACUUUAUUGUUAGUAUUAUAGGUUAAUAACCUGCAGCAGAAAUUCAUACUCUAUUAUAAUAAUGACUUCUUGGGGCCAUGCUUUGGGGAGGUAAAAUGUCUUUUUGACAUGCCUUUAUAUUUGGCGUGUUUAUGAUGGCUCAGCUGCAUGUGGAGUUAUAUAUACAGUCGUGCCUGAAGUUGGAUGCUACUUUGUCAAAAUGAGAAAUAAGUGAUGGCCUGGAGCUGCUGGAGAGAAGCCACGCUUUCUAAAAAGUAUUAUCAAGAGUGUCUGUCAUUCAUUCAGGGGCCUGGCUGACAGAAGGGCUUUUUUUUUUAAUACCAAUGAGUGCAUUUACUCUGAAAUACACAGAAGCUCUUGGUGAAUUGCUGCCUGCUCUGGUCACAUUGUAGAGGGACUCCCACUCAUGCACCUGCUUAUUUUCUGUCUUAAAUAGGUGCUGGAUGGGGCAGCACCUCCUUCCCCCAAAGUGCGAUUGCCCCUGUUUCCCAUACAAAGUGUAAUGAUGGGUUGCUUUAUCAUACUCCCUUUUACAAUUAUAGUCCUUAUCAAUGGAAACUCCAGAUUUCUUUAUCGAUGAAGUGGGGAGGUGGGUGGGCAUGAAUCUAGUUGGAAAAGGGGAUUUGAAGCUAAGUUUACAUGGCACUUUAAGACUGAGAACAUGUCAAUUGUUCAUAAUCAGGAAUAUGGUAGAGGGAGAGCAGGUGGAGACGAUGGGACGGGAAAGUGCUGAAACCGGCCCAGCAUGCCUCUGAGUCGCCCUUGGUUCUCAUGCAGCAGUGUGUGUGCUCACAGGGGUGUUCCACCCUUGGUUCUCGUGUCAUGCAGCAGUGUGGGAGAGUGCUGAAGCCGGCCCAGCAUGCCUCUGAGUUGCCUCUGGUUCUCAUGCAGCAGUAUGUGUGCUUAACAGGAGUGGAGAUGAUGGGACGGGAGAAUGCUGAAACUGGCCCAGCAGACCUCUGAGUCACCUGUGGCUCUCAUGCAGCAGUGUGUGUGCUUACAGGGAUUUCCCAGGCUGCACUUCCCUUCCCUGUGGGCUGCACCCACAGAAGUAUAGAAAAUAUGUCUGUUGAAUAUAAAUUGGUACCACUGAAUUGUUUUAGUGAUGAGGUUAGAUUUUGUUGUCAUGUGCAUUGUCACCAUAGUGACCCGUGGCAUAUAUUUUUAACAUACUUGGUUGGGUUUGAGAGAAAUCUGUGGACAUAAUUUUUUGUUUGUGUCAAGCUGUAUGACUCAUGCAGUGAUUGGUCCCAUGAUCAUGGCCUAUUAGUGAAAACCUCCAAAGGUCAGGUGGCCAAGGUGUUCCCACAUUUUUUCUAUAUAACUUGUUGCCUGAUAGUCCACUUUUCUACCUAUGAUUAAAAAUAAUUUUUAUAUACAACAUUAUUUACAUUUCAAACAUCUCUACAAAGUCAUGCCAUUUUAAGGAGACGAAAACAGUCACAGAGUUGAGUGACUUGCUCCAAAUCACAGAACUAAGCCAGGACUUGAAUCCCAAACUUUCAGAUUUUCUCUGCCCUGGGUUAUAAUCUCUUGUUUUUCAGUGAUAGACCUGAGUCAGUCUGAGAUGCUUAUUUAUGAAACAGUAUACCGUGAAUAUUUAUUAUCUUCUUGGGCAUGCUUUUCUACCCAUUUUGAAUACUUUCAACAGGGAUUACCCAAGAAUGCAACAUCUACCUGUAAUAAAUGGGGAGAAAGUUAGUUGCCUGAGAGAAUAGAAUAUUAAGCACACAAAUACUUUCCAACACAGGGUUGUAAAUUGUGCUCCUCAUUUUAAGGUGCUGUAUGUGCAUGUUUAAGGAUUAUUAAUCAAUGUAUUCUGCUUGCUUUCUGUAUUAACCAGUUUCAGAGGAUAGCCUUAUAAAUGAGUGUAUUUUGAAUCUUAAAACUUAAAGUUUCUUUAUAUGCGGCACAGUGUAUAAUGUCAUAAAUUAAGAAAAAUCUAUUAUCUUUCAAAGAAAUUACCUAGUUUCAAAAAUCAGGUUUUGUAAUCAGUGUUGAAAAACUCUGAAACACGACUUACUUUGAGGAUGAUCCUUGAGCUCAUGUAUUUGACCUGCUCAAAAGUAAUAACUAAAGCUGAGUUAAACAGUUUUUAUUUAUUUCAGGGUUCUGAUUUUUCCCAGCUGGCUACACAGAUGGCCUAUCUGAAUCCUAAUUUUGUGUGUUUUCCACGAUGGGCAGAAGUCAAAACAUUAUCUGCUUCUGUGAGGAUCGUUAAUAAAAAGUUGGUUUUAAUUACGAGUUUAA